GUGGUUUUUUUUUUGUUUGUUUUGUUUUGGAGGGGAAUGGUUCUGUAUUGAUGAGUAAUGUUAUGCUAGUGUUCUCUGCCAGUAUAGCUUCCUGCAUUUUGAUCAACAGUCAAAAAGUACUUUAUUAUGGAAUAUACGUAUAUUCCAAAAAUAGAGGUAUGCAUUUGUGCUUUCUUUGUACCUACAGCGGCACUGAUAACAGCUCUAUAAUAUUGACUGAACCUUGAUAGUUUCAUAUCAAGGCUGCCUGGUAAUUUGUAGUGCAUAAUCAUGGGAUUUAAAUAAAGCAAUGUAUUUGAGUGUUUUCUUUAGGUGAUAAACACUGUCUGAAAAGUAUGCUGGAAUGCUUCUUAUGCUUGCAUAAUUUUGUCAUUAUUGCUCAAGUUGCUUAAAGGUAUAAUGAAAGUACAAGCAACAGGGGUGGUUGAGGGUGGUUUACACUGUCAAUCUGGCUCAGAAAUGGGCCAUGUUUUCCUUCUGGGCCUCAGCCAUCCACUUAAGCUACUUUUGCUCCCUGAAUCAGUUGCUUCCCUCCAAGAAGAAAUGCAGGCUCAGUUAACUGUAUGUAACUCAGGCAGUUGAGCAUUUUUUCUGAAUGGUGGGAGUAUGUCCUACGGCAAGGUUGGCUAGGGUGGUGAGCAGAGCAAGCCAGCUCUCUCCCCAUUGGCUUGAUGCCCUUGAAUGCCCUCCACGUUGUGCCCUUGGGCGUGACACACGUUUCAGCCUAAAGCUUUAAAAAUUGCUCUUUCAUAAUUUCAAACACUUUGAACACAGAAGAACAGGAAAAACUGCUUUGGAUCCAGAUGGUGACCCAGGCCACUUGCUGCAAAGUUGUCUAGUCCAGACUCAGGGUGGUCUCAAACAGUGUGAAGGUGAGCCCCUCUGGAGCAUUUGGGCUGUGCAUGGAGACACCUCCACACUGCAGUCCAUCAGGGUGGUCUGAGAAUAUCUGAUAUUCAUAUUUUAUUUUUCUUUAUUAGCUGCAUUUCAAAUUGCAUGCCUGUUUGAGAGAUGAACAUCUGACAUACCGUGGAGAAUCCAUGGGAAAGAGAAAUUUGGGCAAGUGAAAGAAGAGUCUUGGCUCUGCUCAGCAUGGGGCAGGUCUGGGCAGUUGCCUUUUGGGGUUGUUUGGUGGUAUCUGCCUUAGCAUGGCAGCCCUUCUCCUUUCCAAGCAGGAUUUAGCACAGUCAUCCAGAAGCUCUUGUGCCAAGACAGCAGUGCUGCUCAUCAUGUGAUGUAACUAUGUUUGUAUGGCAGAUCAUAGUUUUGUCCUUCUUGAACUGGAUGCUCUAAUGGCCUCUCCUACAUGUAAAAUCAGUGAGAACAGAGCUUCAAAAUAUCUUUCUCCAAUAAUUGGUUUGAAUAUUACUGCAGGGGAAAAAUGCUUCCUAAAUCAAAUGAACUUCAGAAGAAAAUUAUAAUGGUCAGUAUUAUAGGUGGAGCUUCUACAGAUUCUGAAGCCCAGAGGGUGAAUGUAAGUUAUAAGUAUUCCAAUUAUAAGUAAUUUUCACAAUAAUUCAUGUUUUGGAUCAAGUUCAGCACUUGCGGCAGGAGACGUGUGACCUCUGAGGUUUUUACAGCUGCUCUGGAGCUAAAACCAAGGAGAUAAGCUACUAAUGUUAAUCCUAGGCAGAAAAAAGAGACAAGGUGAGAGAAAAGGAAACAAAACCAAAAAGAAAAAUAUUUAUUUUUAUUGUAAACUUAUGUGUUGUCUUAUGUGCAACAAGAACAGAAGUACUGUGCAUGUGAGGUGAACUUACAUGUCAAACUCCUCUAGGGCUUCACCUAGUUGUGAGGAUAAAAACAUCUGUUUUCUAGAUUCUACCUGUUCCUCUUCUUUUUCCCCCUCCUUCCCCCUGCUCCACACAUUUCCAAAGGUCAUAGCUGUGGGAAGUCUUUAGUGCACAGGUCUCAAGGCACGUAACUCAUAUUUCAUCUGCUAGAGCAGCAUUGUCAUAAUUCCCAAUAUAGAACAGCCUUCUCCAAAUUAAAUGUGAUUGGUCUGUUUCUUUUUUCAAGAUACUGGGAAAUUUUUGAUCAAAUAUUGCCACAUAUUUCAAAAGACAGGGUCAGUCUGGAUGUAAAUCGAGCAAGAUGUUAUGUGACCCUUAUUGUAAGUCUUACCUCAAAGUCUGUAUUUUGUCCCUUUCAUAUUGUCUUCCUUCACCAUUAAAAUCCUUUCUAAAGUGAGAUCCGUGCAUGAUUUGUGCUAAUCUAGUCUGAUGGAGUAAUGUGAACUAAAGGCUUUAAUAUAGUAAGACUUGCAUUGAACCCAUAUUUAGAAUUUCUUAGUAAUUAAUACAUUCAAUCUUACUUUUAUUUGAACCAGUUCUCUCCUCCUGUGAAAACCUUUGCCAAUACUUAAUUAGUUUUACUUUUCACAAUGUUCACUUUUUAGUGGAGGUCUACUACAUGGCAUUUCCUCUUGUGUCUUAAACAGGGGGCUAAGUUUAAAUCCUUUCUCUGCGUAGGUAGUUGAGAACUGUGACCAAGUAAUCUCUCUGAACUAAAUAGUUAUAUUGUGUUAGCCUUUGCAACAAAAGACCCAAAUUGUUUAAGUAAUUUGAUCCUGAGUAUAAAUUGACUUUGUACUGGAUGAAACCAUUUCCACUGCUAAUGAAUGGCUAGUUUUUCUCUUGUGUUCUUGGAUCAAUGGCUUUUGUAAGGUAGCUUGAUCCAUACAGAAAAAGUUGUUAGGACUUUUAUUUUCAAUAUCUUUUAUGUAUUUAUUUGCUUGAGCUGCAAUAACUGAUACUUUGAAAACUGAAUGUUUUCUGGUUCCUUCCUCAUAUUUCAACUAGUGAGUGGUGCAGCUGGUGUUAACAUGCAAAGAAUGCAUCCUUGAAAACAUUAGAUUCUUGUCUGCUAUCCUUUUCCCCUGGUGUAUGCAUACUUGCUAAUCAGUAGGUAGCUCUGGGUUGAAAUUUGGGCAGUGAUUACUGCAGACAGAAAUGGGAGCAAGUACUCAGCAUUACAAUAGCUGCUGUAGAAUCUGGUCACUAACAGGCUGUCAGCAAAAUAGUAUUAAUUUUCCUCUUCACACGCUCAAACACGUAACAUACAAUUUUCUGAGUGAUCCUCAAGUGUGGCAUUCCUAGCAAUGGUUUGUAUAAGUCUUUCAGGUUCAGGUGCUUCACGUGAAUGCCCCGUUCAGCAUUCAGCUGUCCUGUACCAAGACUAAGGAAAGAGCUCCUGCAGCUGGGCUCCUGCCAACAGUGCAAAUAACUGACCAGCUUGUUGGAAGAUGAUGUUUACUCUUGCUUAAAGCUGCUAUUCUUAAAACAAACAGUAGAAGAAUGUGGAAGAACUCAAGCCUCCGCUGCCUUUUAGCACUAGCUAUUUUAUGCUUAAGAAGCUUAAUAUCUAGCCAAGAGAUAGGCUCUCCCAGGGACCCCCAGAAUUUGAAAUGUGUAACGCACAAUUUACACAAAAUGCUCUGUACUUGGGAUGUCUCUUCUAGAGGAAGACAUGGACAAACUGACUUUUGCUACACUACCAAUGACCUUACCCCUCAAGCGUGUUUUAAAACUAAGGAGAGAAGGGUUGAAAUUCCAAUUCCAGAAAGCUCCAUCACAGUGACAAUCAGAAGUUCUGGAGCUGCUUUUGCUACCAGAGAAUUUGUAAUUCACCAGAAAAACAUCUCCUUUGUUCCUGUCACCCCACAAAUUCUUAGUUUAAUGCCUGACUUUCCAACUUCCACGUUAAAUCUGAAGUGGAGUGAUAAUGGAUCGGUCUUCCCAUAUGGACUGGAUGCCCUUUGGCAGAUUCAGAUACUCCGAAAAGAAGCUAUGGAAAUAGUCACACAAGUUACAUACUACUCAAAACUGACUGGUGAAGAUGUGAUUCUUUCUUGGAACUGGACAUCCGAUAUGCCUUUGGAGUGCACAUCACACUAUGUGAAGAUUCGCUGUUACAUUAAUGCAACACAGUUUGUCGGCCCCAAGGAUUGGAGCGACUGGAGCCCAGCAGAAGUGAUCCCAGGAAAAGAUACCGAGCCUGGUGGAAGUGGAGUGUUUCCUCUGGACCCUGUGGUGGCAGUGGGUUCAGAUUUGACGUUCUGUUGUGUCCAUGAAGAAGAUCAGCACAUAACAAAUAUGACUUAUGGAUCAAAAUCCUACACAAUGAUGCAAUUGAGCCGUCGAAGCCAUGCCAUCAGAGUGCUAAAUGCCAGUGUUUCAAAUACCAGUGGAACAAAUGUAGUGUGCAGACUUGAAAAUGGGUUGGAAGGAAGCGUCGUGUUUGUAGGAUAUGCUCCUGAUAUUCCCCAAAACCUCAGCUGUGAGACACCCAACUUUCUGAUCAUAAAAUGCACCUGGAAACCAGGCAGGCCCAGUGGACUAUAUGGAGAACGAAGAAGAACAAAGUACAGUUUAUUUGAAAGAACAUCCGGUAAAAAUGUUUCAUGCGAAGUUAAUGAAAUGAACAGAGACAAUGAAAUGAACAGAGACCAUGUUUGUGGCUUUCCAGUACUUCCUGAUCAAAAAAUCUAUGAUUUCAUAUUAGGUGUCUCCAAUCCUAUUGGGCAAGCACAGUCCUCUCUUUUGGUUGAUAUAACUCAAAGAGUUCAUCCGAAAGCCCCGGAAAAGUUAACUGUUACUGGGAACAACUCUACAAGCAUCCAACUGCGUUGGUUUAUAAAUGGCAGCUUUGCUGAGACCAGGCUUCUGUGUCAAAUUGAAAUUAGCAGUAGUCACUCCGAGAGAAAACUGCAUAAUGUCUCCAUACCUGGGCGGAAAUCUUCAACUUAUACAGCUCAGCUGAAUGCAUUGCACCCUGACACCAAAUACCAGCUCAGGGUGCGCUGCUCAGCUGCUGACCACUUCUGGAGGUGGAGUGACUGGAGCAGGGGGGUGGAGCAGACAACAUCAGAAGCCCCUCCUGCAAGAGGACCAGAUAUCUGGAGAGAGAGAAGUCCUUCUGGUGAAAGCCUAAUAGUCUUCUGGAAGCCCUUAUCCGUUUCUGAAGCCAAUGGAAAAAUAGUUUCUCAUGAAGUGUCCUGCUACCUGCUAGAGACACUACUGGAGCAUAAAGUAGUCUCUGAACCCUCAAACAGUACCGAGAUAAAACUUGGAAAAAGUGAUUGUGUAAUUAGCGUUGUAGCCAGAAACCAUGCGGGCUCAUCUCCCCCUUCAAGGAUAACAAGCGUGGAACUUCCAAGUGACAAUGUCACAACAGAUCAGGCCGUGGCAAUGGGAAAUGGUAUUAAUAUUUCUUGGGAUUCUUACCCCAACAUGACAUGUGGCUACAUAGUAAAAUGGUGUCAUUCAUCUGAGUCUGAACCCUGUAGUAUGGACUGGCAGAAAUUUCCUUCAAAUACAACAAAUGCAGUGAUAAAAUCUGCUCUGUUCAAACCUGGCGUGAGAUACAACUUUUCUCUGUAUGGCUGCAAAUCCAUGGGAUAUCAGUUGUUGAAAAACAUAACUGGGUAUAUGAAAGAGCUGCCUCCAAAAACUGCACCAAAUUUUAUUGUUGAAGAAACUUCUUCAGAUUCUAUAUUGGUAAAAUGGGAAGACAUUCCUAUUGAAGAAUGCCGAGGAUUUCUAAAAGGAUAUCUUCUUUCCUUUGCAAAAGGUGAAAAAGAUGCUUUAAAGCCUAGACUUUCAGAAUCAGGGAAUCCAGAACUUAAAGUUAACAAUAUCACUGACUUAACAAAGAAGUCUAUGAAAAUACUUGAUCUUCAAGGCAAAACGAGUUACCAGCUGGAACUGCAAGCCUAUACUGCUGGUGGGUUGAGCCCUCCAAACAGCCUCUAUGUGGUGACAAAGGAAGACUCUGUAGGAUUAAUCAUUGCAAUUCUCAUCCCCGUUGCGGUGGUGCUGCUGCUUGGAGUGUUGGCCAGCAUCUUCUGCUACCAAAAGAGGGAAUGGAUUAAAGAAACAUUUUAUCCAGAAAUCCCGAAUCCUGAGAACAGUAAGGCACUGCAGUUCCAGAGGAACAUCUGUGAGGGGAAUAAGACACUUAAAACACUGGAAAUGAACCCCUGCACUCCUAACAGUGUUGAAGUGGUGGAAGCACAGUCUACAGCUCCAAAGAUUGAAGACACAGAGAUGAUGUCCCCAGCAGCAGAGACCACUGUGCCUGAAGAUGGCUCUGACUCAGAAAUGGAAAACCACGUUGUUGUCUCCUACUGUCCCCCUAUCAUUGAAGAGGAGAUCACAAAUCCCCCUACAGAUGAGCCUGGGGGGUCAUCUCAGGUGGUUUACAUUGACAUCCAGUCAAUGUACCAGCCUCAAAUUAAACCAGAGGAGGAGCCAGAAAUAGACUUAGUGACUACAGCAGGCUAUAAGCCACAAAUGCAACUCUCUAUCAGUGCUCUGAAAAUAGAGGGUCAUUCACCUGUGGAGGAAGAAUUGGAUAAAAGUGCAGGUUACAGACCUCAAGCAAACACAAAUGCGUGGAACGUGGGCACUCCAGACUCUCCUGGAUCAGUUGAAAGCAACAAUGAAAAUGCAUCUUUUGGGAGUCCAUGUUCAAUUAAUUCCCGACAGUUUCUGCUUCCCCCAAAAGACGAUGAAGACUCUCCUAAACCCAUUAACACAGGGUGGUCCUUCACACACUUUUUUCAGAACAAACCAAAUGAUUAACAGUGAGUCCUCAUUGCACAUGAACCUGCCUUCUGAAUAAGCUUUUAUUCCUGAUAUUAUAAAGAAAGGAAGAAGAAAACUGCAAAAGGCAUGAAUUAUUCUUGGAGACAGUCAGCAGAAGUUCUAGUGAGCUGAAUGUUACCAUGUUACCAUUUUUAAUUUAGUCAAAGUGUUAAUAUUCCAUUGUAAUAGAGGCUGAGAGGCCAAAAUUAUAGCAAUUUACUUAUUACUCUAGUAAAAUAUAUUGGAUGUAAGGGGUUUUGAAUUUACAGCCUCUGAUAAUUAAAAUCAAAGAACUCUGCCUACCUUCACACAAUGCUCCAAGAUAAAAGUGGUCUCAUGAAAUUUAUAACUUGGAAAGAUUGCUUUGCUUUGUUGUAGUUGUUCUCAACCAUGCAGACUCAAAUGAUGCAGCACCAACAGAUUUCCUUACUGAAGGUUAAAUUUAUAGCAAAUUCAGCCUAAGACACAGAAACAAUGCAGUUGGAAACUGUUGAGAUCUUUUACCUAGUUAUAAACAAAGAACAAAUGAGAGUGCUGGUUUUUUUCUUCUCCUGUAUGGAAGGUUAUUGUCACUGUUUAACACUUAAAAAGCAAUGGCCAUUCACAUCUGUUGCUUUUUGACUAGACACUAAUUUCUGUACCUACUGUACAAUGUUUAUUAAAUAUUUGACUCAGGGGUACAAACUUGGGGAAAAGAAGUGUAACACUGAUUGAAACCUCAACAAGAACUGCAUAAAGUUUAAAACUUCCUUUAAAAAAAACCAACUUAGAAUGCUCUAUAUUUUUUCUAUCUUUUGGUUAAAGAGUUAAUCUUUCCUAAUGUAUUGCACUAAUACAUUUUGUAUUUCAUAGCUUCUGCUCCAGAUCUCCUGCUUUGAAGUGGUACAGUAGUCCAUUCACCCUCAGUGUUCAGCAGUCUUUGCACUAUGCAGUAAUGUAAGCCAUGGGGAAAUCUCUGUCUACUCACCUUAGCUGCUGAAGCAGUUUGGCACAUGAAAUUAGAGGUAGUAGGACUAGGUCCUUGAGGAGAAAUUGCUUUUUGGAUGGUCUUUAUUGUAUUAGCUUUGUAUUACCUGCUGCCUGGCUGAUCUUUGAUCUUAACACGUCAACCCAACAGGACCUUCUGUACAAAUCCUACCUGGCAGUACAAGGUAGGAUUUCUCUGGUGGCAGGGAGAAACCCAGGGAGGUUUUAGUGCCACUAAUUCUACCUCUCCUUUACCAGAUAUGUGAUGCAAAGAAAGCUUAAAUUAUGUACAUUUUGUGCUUAAAGGAAUGUUUAGUACAAUCAUCUUUUAAAAUGCUUGUUUUCCCAUGUGCAUCUCUAGACAACUGUAACCGUAACAUUUCAUGGUGUAAAUUUCAGGCUGUGGCAUACAUGAAUUUCACUAGCUUACAGGAGAAACUUUUGAGAAAUUUACCUGUUUCUUGCUGUAAAACAGUGGGGAGACAUCAGAUGUUAAAAGUUUGAUCAAAAAGGGUCUCCAUGAAGUUCUAACCAAAUUUUAUUUUAAUCUCCAUUUCCUUAGCUACUGUGUUUUGUUUGGAGUUUGGAUUGUCGUUUGGUUUUGGGUUUUGGGGUUUUUUUUAAUAAAUAAGACAUGGGAAUGGUUUUCUAAACAAAACAGAUAAGGAGCCUGAAUUGCCUAGGCUGCUGCUAGUCGUAAAGGUGUGAGAGUAGACCAGGAUGAUGAUUUGACAGACAUUUGAUCUCCAAACCACAUGAUCUGGCCAUCAAAAUAAAACCAAGAAUAAGGUAAAACCUAAUCACAGCAAUGGGUCUUCAGUUUCAGAGGCUGGCAUGUCUCUGCCAUCUCCAUAGAAUGAAAUAUAGAGGUGUUUCAAAACUGACAAAAAGGCAAGGCACUAAAUAGUUACCGUAAUACCUAUUACAAUCCUGUGUGUGCCUCCCAGUAGAGUGAACUGUGAAGUAGUGAAAAACAGGUUAGUCUGCAGGUCUGGCAGAGUGCAGGGUGUCUCUGAAAGGACAGAAAGUGCACAUAGGAUUCAUCUGUUGAGUCUUUGAGUUAGCAGGGCUGCACGUGAAUAGACUGGCAGUGAAAAGAGCUGAGGUCCAUUUGUGACCAAGCAUCAGCACAAGGGAAGUGUCAUAGCCUGUAACUUAGAACAUUAAACUAACACAUGAAAGGAAGCAGUUAUGCCCUUUGUGAUUGAUAGCUGGGAGGAGGCUAAAUCCUAAUAGUAACAACUGGUUUUCAUAAUUAUUCUUUUUAGAGUAUUUCUUUUCACUAGUGUAGAUUUGGCAUAAUGUCUCCAUCUCCUAAGAUGAAUUUUAGCUUUUGCUGCUAUAUGCUUUUAAUUGAAAGCAGAUGAUGUCAUGGACAGUGUGUAUGGGUAGUGGUUAAGGGUAUUUUUUUAUAGAGCAGAUUCUCAGUACAGAGGAGCAAUCAGUAUUGUAUGGUGAUACAACUGAAAAAAACCCCUCUGUAGCAGAACAGCUGACCAUGAAGAAUAACUGUGCUUUUCAUAUGGCUGUGUAUUGCAAGAAACAAAAUCAAACUGCAGUUUGAGAGUACUAGCAAUUUUUAAUUUGGAGACUGGAAAUCAAGGCAGCUGCAGAGAACACACAGAGCUCUCACAGGAAGCAGUUUAGGACCAUUCUCAGUGUUCUCAUGGUGAAUCACUUACACAUAAGCAUCACAUACUCAGGUUUCCCAGUGUGCUGCUUCUGCUAUUCAGUAAAAACAACAACAUUUUAAAUUGCUUCAUUUCUUAGUGAUUAGGUAAGGAAAAGCUCCACAAAUGCGUGUCCUGCCUCAAUAUUGAUGUUAUAAACUCUCUCUGACCUAGUUAUUUCCUUUUUUUUUUUAAUUCUUGACUAUAUACCUGGUCUUCUGACUUCCAGGAUGCAGGUCAGAAGGGUCCUUUAACAGCAAUGCCUUCAAUGAGAAGAGUGGGAGAGUGGGGCAGAUGUGGGAGAGACACAAGCUUGAGCAGUAUCUGUAGCAUCAUUGUUGCUUAAUGCUGAUGAGCCAGUGAGCAGUUGUCAUUCCAGCACUUGAAAGCUCAGCUGCUUCACCUCUGUGUUUUCCUUUGAGCCCCUUCAGUGCUGCCUUUCGAAUGCCUAUCUCAGAUCUUCAGCAGUGAAUUCAGAUGCAUAGGGAGAGGUGGUCUGCUGAUGUGAUCAGGCACCCCUAGGUACAUGGAGCAGUAGGGAUGAACGACCAGGACAGUCAGGGAACAGACUUGCUUUCUGAGCCCAAGUGCCAUGUUAAACCAGUGAAGCAUCUUUAGGAAUGUCUUUGAACCAAAUACUCUUUCAAAGCAUGGUGCUCUCUCAUAGCCUCUAAGUGCUUUGAUAACAGUUGUAAGUUUCAGAGGGGAUCAGAUUCUUUGUACUAGUGCCUUCUAGCUUCCUGAUGAGCCUCUUCGGACAAGUUUUUUUUCUGAAAAAUAUCUUAGGAAUCCUAAAGUUUAAACAGCAUUUCCUUACCAGCCUUUUGUGAAAAAAUCUUAUCCUUUAUUGAACAUUUGUUUUUAGUUAUGUUGGCUUUUUCCUUCAUUUUUUUUAGAAGAGUAGAAAGUGCAGCUUUGAAAAAAAAUUAAAAGAACCAAACAAAAAGCAAAACCCAACAACUUCCAGAAGGGAUAUCACCAGAAGGGAUUGUGUCAUGCCUAACUCCAGGAUCAUUGUACAGAGAUGUAGGGUAUUAAUGCCAAGCAGUUGCUUUCUGAAGAAAGUUGUCGAUUCUGCUGCUUUUUAUUUUUGAGCCAUGCCUGUCAUAUGUGACAAUUUAAGUUUUGUAGUGGGUUUUUGUACUGUUCACUGUACGUGUGGAACAUCAGUCACAUUUGAUGUAUCAUUGUGCACUCUCUAUUUGACACAUUGAUUAUUUUUGGUUUUUUUACAUAUACGAGAUGUGGAAUCUCAAGCUUGUGUUAGAUUUUGGGAUGGUAGAUCUGCAUGUGAUAUACCUCACAGAACUACUAGUUAAUAUAUCAACAAAAUAGUAAGCUAAUAUUACAGGCAGGCAGUGAAUUACCUCCCCUGCUGUGCAGUGGCUGUAUAGGCAGAUACAGAUCCUGAUAACUGACAUUUGCUGUCUUUAUUAUCUCUAGUUGCUGCUUUCUUGGGUAAACCAUUUCCAAAGGGAGCCAGUCGCUGUGUUGUCUUGGCACAAUUGGCAAAUGCGCUGCAUUUCUUCAUCUUUGUUUGUGUGGGGGACCAGAACUUUACUUUGCUAGGAAUGUGGCAGCAGCACACUCCUGCUGGCCUUGAGCUUCAGCCUGCUCUGAAGAUGUAUUUUCAAGUCACCUUUUUAUGUUGUUGUUGAUAGGUUCAGCUGGGUAAAGCUUAGUGCUGGGGUGUUCCCUGUGAUCAUGUCCUCCAGGACACUCAGUUGAACAUGAAUAGGAGCAAAAAUAAAAGCAAUUGGGUGCACUGGAGAGAGAAGGUGAUUAGACAUCACUCUGAAAAGGCAAUGAUAAAUUGUGUGCUCUGUUUUUAAAUAAAUACUGCUUUGUAAAUAGAAUACUUGUAUACCUACAAGUAGAUAGAAAUAUAGUAAAAUAAUUUGACUGAUAUUAGAAAAAUGUAACAUUUAGAGAAUUAAAUUGCUAACAAGGCUCUGUAUAGCAUAAAUCUAUGAGGAGCUUCCCAUGUAAAUAGCAACUUCUGUUCUGCCAGAGACUUUGAUGAAGACUUCAGUGCAAAUGACAUUUAAUAUUUGUAACACUAAGUCCUAACCCUUUAUGCACACAUGUGCUUGCAUCAUCAUGUGCCUAGGUGCAUAUGGCAGAGAAAGUAGGCUUACAGCUGCCAAAGUGAUUUUUUUGGAGUCCUGUACAUGAAUAUAUACCUUCUGAGACAGUUUUGUCUAGAGGAAGCACCUGCUGCCUUGUGCUCCUCCCAACACACUUUGCAACACUUGUGGUGCUGUGCAUUAUAUGGUGCCCUCUGUGGAUGAUGCUCAAAGAUGCUGUUGGCAGUUGGCAGUAUUUGUUGGUUUUUUUCCCUCAUCUUUUCCUUAGCCAGCCUGGAAACACAGACCCAGAGCCCAAAUGCUAGACAAGGAUUCAGAAGUGUUUGAAUGUUUAAUUCCUUUAUGUUUAAGACUGUCUUAGAUAUUUUAUUAGGAGCUGUAAAAUAGAUUCUUCCACCACGAUUUUCUUUCCCCUCCCCCAUUUAUAUAACUCUAGAUUUUCCCCAGUGUUUCUAAGAUAGCAAGUGUUUGUUUCCCUUUAGCAUGUUAUACAAACAAACCUCAGAUAAUAUUUGCAGAUGAUAUCUCUAACUUUGUACAUUGUCCCAGCAUGCGUGACAAUACUUCUCCCCCACAAAAACAUCUAUUAUUUCCUUCAGCUUUUACAAAUGAAAAAAAAACCCUCCAGAGGACUUCUGGGUUUUGGAGGGCAGGGGCUCAGUAUCCCCAUGCAGGUGAGCUGGUCUAAUGGCAGUGUUUCAUGAGAGGAUGGGGUUAAUCCCUCUCCAGUCUCACCCUCUUCUUGUGACAGUACUGUCCAGGUGACUUUGUGGUGCACCAGAGCAGAUGAAAUCCUUGGUUUUCAGUUUGAUACCUAACAACAUCUCUAGGACAGUCCCAAAUCUGCAUUUUGACUGAAAGCAAGCUUCAGUGGAGAUUUAUGGACAGCUUCCACUAGAAGGCUCAAUACCUUUGCAGCUCACUUGAUCCCAUGUUGUGCAAAAGGCCGUGAGUAAAACUAACCCAGGAACAAAGCAAAAGUGAAAUUUUCAUUUUUUCAUUACUUGGAUUAAGAAAAAUUUUAAAAUUCAUAGCUCGAGCAGGGCAAAUUAAAAUAGAAAGGUCACACCCUUCAGUUGUAAUACAAUAAAAAAUAAUCUUUGAAUGUCACUCUGUCAAUGUUUUCUAAACGUGGUUCAAGAAUGGCUUUGGAAACAUUUUAUGUUGUGAUAGCAUGUCAAAAGUUUGUAAAACUGGGGAUAACAAAAAGAGAAGACAACUGAAUCAUGUCAUAUCUGAAAUCCUACUUGAAGGUAACAGCAAUUUAAACUUUGAGCCUUUUGUGGCACACAAAACAUCAGAACUGGUGGAAUCAUACAGGUCACCUGAAAAAAACACACAACAUUGUACUAUAAUGCUGUAACUUUAAACAUAUACUGUGAAUAGGUUCAAUGGUUUUUUUUAGCUCUUUUUAUACCAUGUUUUUUACAGCAUAAAUAAUUUGCUUAGAGAUGUUUUUAUGUUCUGUUUUUAUGAAGAUUUUAAUGGACUUUUGUUUAAUACUAGUGAAAAUAUUGUUUGCCAAUUUGACAUAGUCAUAUAUAGAAGUUAAUUCUGAGAAUAAAUCAGUAGACUGAGCUGAAAAAAUAGUCUUCAUAACACACUAAAUCUAAUAAGUCAUUCAGCAUAUUUUUGUUGCUGAAUGAUACUGAAAUUUUCCAGCUUCCAAAUCUGCUAUUGAAAAUUACUUCUUUCAUGAUUUUAGCAAAAUCAUCACAAGGCACUUUAAAGAAGCUGUAGCAUGCCAAGUAAAAUACUGAUUCAACAAAGUGUAUCAAUAUGAAAAUUUAUCUGCUAAGCAGUUAAACAAAUGCAUGCUUAAAAAAGGAAGCAUGGGAUCAUGUUGGGGAUAUAAUAUUUCAGUGUGGCAGUUGACAUUUAAGACUAACCUAACAUUAAGAUACAACUUUGCAUACAUUUUAAACCUAGUUUGCUUGCUUGGUGUAACUCCUGUUGUAUUGCCUGGAUGUCUAAAAGUAAGCAUGUGUUUAACAAUUUUGCCAUAGUAUUGCCAGGAAACUUAAUAAAUAUAUUUUCUUACACUCUUA